AUGGAAGCAGGCAUUGAUGAACUGAAGCUCUUUGGCGUGAAGAAGUUGAUUCCUUUCAGGAUACCCACGCAGUUUAGGGAAGGGAGAUGUAGGAGUGUUUCUGAUUUCGAGAAGUUGAAUCGGAUCGGCGAGGGCACUUAUGGCAUUGUUUAUAGAGCACGUGAUUCUGUGACCGGAGAGAUUGUUGCACUCAAGAAGGUCCGAAUGGAAAAUGAGAGAGAUGGUAUCCCGAUCAGUAGUCUACGAGAAAUAACCCUUUUACUGAGCAUCAAGCAUCCAAACGUUGUUCAACUGAGGGAGGUUGUUGUAGGGCGUAGUCUCGACAGUUGGAUCUCAGAUAUGGUACUUCUUAUUCUUACUACUUCUUUCUUCCUGGAGUUAUUUAUGGGCUUAGCUCAUUUUCUUAGCAUUGGUCUUAUUUGGUCGGGUUAG